AUGAGUGGAUCUUUAGAGGAGGCAGUAACUCCCGCCAAGAUAGCCGGACCUCCAUCUCCAGUACCCAGCUGUGUGUCUCUAAAGAGUGAUAUGUCCUUUCCUGAUAGACCAGAUCCCAGCAGGGAACUCCCAUCUGGAGUAAAUCUUCAAUCAUGUAUUUUGGUUUUCGCACACAGAUUCCAGCAGAACCACAAAUCCUACCUGCAGAAGAAGUUUCAGUGUCUGAUUGAGGGAAUCACACAGCAGGGAGAAACCAGACUCCUCCAUGAGAUCUACACAGAUAUAUACAUCACAGAGGGGGGAGGAGGGGAGGUCAAUGAUGAACAUAAUGUCAGACAGAUAGAGAGGGUAUCCUGGAGAGAAGCAUUAACAUGCAGUCCAAUCAAAUGCAGUGACAUUUUUAAACCCUUAUCUGGACAAGACAACCCCCUCAGAAAAGUGCUGACAAAGGGAGUGGCUGGAAUCGGAAAAACAGUCUCUGUCCAGAAGUUCAUUCUGGACUGGGCUGAAGGAAAAGCCAAUCAGGAUGUCCACUUCAUAUUUCCUCUUCCUUUCCGGGAGCUGAACCUGAUGAAGGAGAAAAAACUCAGCCUGGUAGAUCUUAUUCAGCACUUUUUCCCGGACAUCAAAGAUCCAAGAGUCUUCACCAGUUCAGAGCACAAAGUCGUGUUCAUCUUUGAUGGUCUGGAUGAGUGUCGACUUCCUCUAGAUUUCUGCUCCAGCCCGAGCUGUUGUGAUGUGACAGAGCCAGCCUCAGUGGAUGUGCUGCUGACAAACCUCAUCAAGGGGGAUCUGCUUCCCUCUGCUCUCCUCUGGAUCACCACCCAACCAACAGCAGCAAAUCAGAUCCCUCCUAAGUAUGUGAACCAGGUGACAGAAAUAAGGGGAUUCAACGACACACAGAAAAAUGAGUAUUUCAAGAAGAAAAUCUUUGAUGAAAACCUGGCAAAAAGAACUAUCACACACAUGAAUUCAUCCAGGAGCCUCUACAUCAUGUGCCACAUUCCUGUCUUUUGCUGGAUUUCAGCCACUGUUGUAGAGAAAACAUCAAAAGAACCAGAGGGUGUAGAAAUGCCAAGAACAAUGACUCAAAUGUACACACACUUCCUUAUCAUUCAGACAAGCACAGAAAAUGUCAAGUACACAGAGAGAAAAGAGACAGCCGAAGAGGUGAUUCUUAAACUGGGGAAACUGGCUUUCCAACAGCUGGAGAAAAGCAAUCUGAUCUUCUAUGAGGAAGACCUGAGAGAGUGUGGCAUUGACAUCACAGAAGCAUCAGUAUACUCAGGAGUAUGUCAGAGAAUCAGAGAGGAGUCUGGGCUGUACCAGGGAAAGGUGUUCAGCUUUGUGCAUCUCAGCAUCCAGGAAUUUCUUGCAGCUCUGUAUGUGUUCCUUUGCUUCAGCAAGAGAAGAAGCAACAUGCCUGACCAACAUCAAACCUCUCAGUUGUCUGCUCUGUUCAGAGCUCCAACACUGCUUGACCUACACAAGACUGCAGUGGACCUGGCUUUGGAGAGUGAGAAUGGACACCUGGACAUUUUCCUUCGGUUCCUUCUGGGCCUCUCACUGGAAUCUAAUCAGAAUCUCUUAAAACACCUACUGCCACAGAGCAGUAGCCAAUCAGAUAGAUCAGAGCAAAUAGUCCAGUAUGUCAAACAGAAGAUCAGAGAUCAGAGGAGUUUAGACAGAAGGAUCAACCUGCUCUACUGUCUGAAUGAGCUGAAUCACCAUGCUGUAGUGGAGGACAUUAAUAGGAGCUCAGGGACCCUGCAUGUAGACUUGCUCUUACCAGGAGAGAGGAAGAUUGUGAGAUUUGAGUUUAAGAUGCCAAAAACACAGCUGGCUGAGUUUGACCUGCAGAAGUACAUAAAGACACCAGCGAAAGAUCAGAUUGAUCUUCUCAGUCCAGAUGAAGUUCUUCAGAAGCUGCUGUCAGUGGUUACAACAUGCACAUCCGCUAUACUUGCUGAAUGCAAACUCUCAAAGAAGUCCUGUGAAAUUGUGGCUACUGUUCUACAGUCACCAAACUCCCUGAUAGAGCUGGACCUGAGUCACAAUGACGUGGGAGAUACUGGAGUUCAGCUUGUCUCCAAGGGACUGUCUAGUCCCCGCUGUAAACUGCACACAUUAAGAUUUGCUGGCUGUAAACUCACAGAUCAGUCCUGUGAGAUUGUGACUUCAGUUCUACAAUCAGUAAACUCAGCUCAGCUGCAACAGCUGGAUUUGAGUCACAAUGACCUGGGGGAUUCUGGAGUUCAGCUUCUCUCUAAGGGACUGUCUAGUCCCUACUGCAAUCUGCAGACAUUAAGAUUUGCUGGCUGUAAACUCACAUAUCAGUCCUGUGAGAUUGUGACUUUAGUUCUACAGUCAACAAACUUAGCUCAGCUGCGACACCUGGACCUGAGUCACAAUGACCUGGGAGAUUCUGGAGUUCAGCUUCUCUCUAUGGGACUGUCCAGCCCCCACUGCAAACUGCAGAUAUUAAGACUUUCUGAAUGCACACUAUCAGAGAAGUCCUGUGGAAUUGUGGCUACUGUUCUACAGUCACCAAACUCCCUGAUAGAGUUGGACCUGAGUCACAAUGACCUCAGAGAUUCUGGAGUACAGCUUAUUUCUACAGGACUGUAUAGUUCCCACUGUAAACUGCAGGCAUUAAGAUUUGCUGGCUGUAAACUCUCAGAGAAGUCCUGUGGAAUUGUGGCUACUGUUCUACAGUCACCAAACUCCCUGAUAGAGCUGGACCUGAGUCAUAAUGAUCUGGGAGAUUCUGGAGUUCAGCUUCUCUCUAAGGGACUGUCUAGUCCCCACUGUAAACUGCACACAUUAAGACUUGCUGAAUGCAAACUCUUAGAGAAGUACUGUGGAAUUGUGGCUACUGUUCUACAGUCACCAAACUCCAUGAUAGAGCUGGACCUGAGUCACAAUUACCUUGGAGAUUCUGGAGUUCAGCUUCUCUCUAAGGGACUGUCAAGUCCCCACUGCAAACUGCAGACAUUACGAGUGAUGCUUGCUGACUGUAAGCUCACAGAUAAAUUGUGCAAGAUUGUGACUUCAGUUCUACAGUCACCAAACUCCCUGCUACUACUGGACUUGAGUGGCAAUGACCUGGGUGAUUCUGGAACUCAGCUUCUCUCUGAGGGACUGUCCAGUUCCAACUGCAUACUGCAGACAUUAAGGCUUGCUGACUGUAAACUCGCAGAAAAAUCAUGUGAGAUUGUGGCUUCAAUUCUACAAUUACCAAACUCCCUGCUACAGCUGGACUUGAGUGGCAAUGAACUGGGGGAUUCUGGUGUUCAGCUUCUCUCUAAGGGACUAUCUAGUUCUAACUGCAAAAUACACACAUUAAGGCUCUCUGAUUGUCUCAUCUUAGAAAAGGGUUGUGGUUUUCUGGCUUCAGCUCUGAGAUCAAACCCCUUCCAUCUAAAAGAGAUGGAUCUGAGCUACAAUCAUCCUGGAGAAUCAGGACUGGAGCUGUUAUCUGGUAGACUGGAGGAUCCUGUCUGUAAACUGGAGUUACUUAAAACUGACGAUGCUUCUGUAAGCAGAACACGACCAUGUUUGCUGAAAUAUGCCUGUGAGCUCACAGUGGAUCCAAACACAGCAGGGAGAAAUCUCUCUCUCUCUGACGGGAACAGAAAGGUGACACGUGCGAGUGAGAAGCAACUGUAUCCUGACCACCCAGAGAGAUUUGACUGGAAGUAUCAGGUGCUGUGUAGAGAGGGUCUGUCUGGACGCUGCUACUGGGAGGCUGAGUGGAGUGGAGAUGCAGCUCGUAUAGCUGUGGCCUAUAAAAGCAUCAAGAGGAAAGGGGAGGCUGAUGACAUCAUAAUGGGACUUAACGCAAAGUCCUGGAGUCUACGUUGCUCUCCUGACAGUUACUCUGCCUGGCACAAUAAUAAACGCACUGUCAUACCUUCCCCCUCCUCCCGCUCCAGAAGAGUAGGAGUAUACCUGGACUGGCCAGAUGGUACUCUGUCCUUCUACAGCGUCUCCUCUGAUACACUCACCCACCUGCACACAUUUCACUCCACAUUCACUGAGCCACUUUGUCCAGGGUUUUGGGUUUGGUCAUCAGUGUCCCUGUGCCAGAUUUUACAUUUGCGUCAUUCCGUAUCAAAUCGGAAAAGGUGGUUACUGCACAGAUUUUAUUCAAACCUCAAGAAUUUUAUUACCACCUUUGAAAAUACUUCAGUUUUACAGCCCAAAGAUAAAAUAGUCUGGUAAGCAAUGUUUGCUCAUUAAUAUUAUGAAAAGUGUUAUUCAUAGGCAGCCUAAACUUUGAGGAUGGAGGACAAACAUGUUCUCAGUAUGAC